AUGGGCGUCCUCGAAGAAGCAAAGGAAAGAUUGGCGGGUAUUCAGUGUAAAAUACAAAGGGUGUAUGACGCGGGAGAGGCAGUGGGAAAAGUACCUAACAAUAAGAUGGCACACACUAAGUUCAAAAUCAUGUACGCAACAUUAGAAAAUUUAUGUUCUGAUUUUGAAGCACAGUUGACGGUUAUCAUCCGAAGUCAAUGUAAAGGAGGAGUAGUAGGAGAGUUGGUUGACACGGAAAAAUUACGAACGGAGUUUGAGGACAAGUAUGUAGGUAGUAAAAUAUUUGCCGACGAAUAUCUGCCUGAAGCCACCGCCGAAGCAUCACUGAAUAAAACGUUUAUGGAACAAAAACCUACCGCCACCACAAGUGCUUAUUUCCCUGUAGAAAAACUAUCUAUUCCUAUAUUUAACGGAAAUCCGAUUGAAUACACCAGUUUCGAACGUCAUACAAUCAUAAAAGAGUUGAACAGGUGUUUCCGAUGCUUCAGUGCACAUAGAGUGGUAGACUGCAAAAACCCGAAAACUUGUAAAGAUUGUGGGGGGAAGCACCACACUAUGCUACAUCUUUCAAACACCGAAAAAACCGUUAUUGCAGAGCCCGUGACGUUCGCAGCUACCGCAACAAACAGUGUUCGUACAUCAGUUCUUUUGGCAACGGCUAUCGUGGUUGUGCAAACCACACAUGGGUACUCUGUUAACGUAAGAGCUUUAUUAGAUAGUGCUAGCCAAAGCAGUUUCGUGACCGAACGCUGUGUACAUCUGUUGGGACUUCAGCGAGAAAAUCGAGAUAUUGUGGUACAAGCUCUGGCCGGUACCCAGGUUCCAGUCGUAAAAGGAAGUACCACCAUUAACGUACGGCCAGUAGGUCUCGAAAAUCCCCAAUUUAAUGUUAACGCUUUAAUAUUACCCCGCAUAACCGGUCCUAUACCAUCAGAACGCGUUUUCACGGAACCUUGGCCACAUACAGUUGGGUUAAAUUUAGCAGACCCUGACUACGAGAAACCACUACCCGUCGACAUUCUACUAGGAGCAGAUGUGUUCCCACAACUCAUUUUAGGAGAUAAAAGAGUUGGCAACACCGGUCAACCAACAGCUUUAUCUACAGUUUUUGGAUGGGUAUUAAUGGGAAGAACCUUAUGCGCUACGAAAAAUAAGAUUGUCACAAUGUGUUCAACACUAGAAUCCGUUAACCAAACCUUAAAACGCUUUUUUGAAGUGGAAGAAGUUCCAAAUGUCGAAAAAAGUUGCCCAGCGGAUUUAGAGUGUGAGCGAAUCUACCAGUCAACCACAACGCGUCAACCAGACGGUAGGUACGUAGUCCAUUUACCGUUCCUGAAAACCCCUCCACAACUUGGACAGUCAAAAGAUCAAGCCUUGAACCGUUUAUAUCAUUUAGAAAACCGAUUUGCAAAAAAUCGUGUUUUGCGUGAGGAGUAUAACAAAGAAAUGAGGGAUUACCUAGAUACCACCCAUAUGACCAAAUUAAAUCAAACCCUUACAAAUGAACACAACACUUAUUACAUUCCACAUCAUGUAGUUAUACGGCCUGAAAGCACAACCACAAAAAUGCGAAUUGUUUUCGAUGCAUCGGCAAAAACAUCUUCUGGGAUGUCAUUGAACGAUAACCUCUAUUGCGGAAAGAAGCUCCAACAAGACCUACCAGGGAUAAUUUUGCGGUUUCGUCUACAUCCCAUUGUGUUUACGGCAGAUAUAAAAAAGAUGUUUCGUCAAAUAGUUGUAACUGAAAAGCAUCGUCCCUAUCAGCGAUUGUUAUAUAGAUUCAACCCAGAGGAGCCUGUGCAGGAAUAUGAAAUGAAUAGAGUUACUUUUGGUCAAAAAUUUUCUCCAUUUAUUGCGAUUCGUACGCUACAUAAACUGGUCGACGAUGAAGCGUCUAACGAUGAAACAUUAAAGGCUAUCGUUCAUCGGGAUCUUUAUGUCGAUGACAUAGUCACAGGUACAAGUACUCUAAACGAAGCGCUCGAAUUGACACAAAACCUAAUCACAUUAUUCAAAAAGGGUAAGUUCGAACUGCGAAAAUGGUCAAGCAACUCUGAGCAACUGUUAACCCAUAUUCCGCUAGAACACCGACAAGUACUGCCAAUUACUUUCGAAGAACGGGAUUCCGGCUGUACAAAAGUUCUCGGUUUAAAGUGGGACCCGAAAGUGGACUCACUCAGCUACCAAUAUCAACCCUGUCCAGUAAAAUUCAGCAAAAGAGUAAUACUAUCAGAAAUCGCGCGUAUCUAUGAUCCUCUAGGCCUUCUCACUCCUGUUACAAUGGAUUUAAAAAGACUAAUGAAAUACCUCUGGUUGGUUGGAGUAAAUUGGGAUGAAACAAUACCGGAAGAAGCAAUGACCUCUUGGACCCAAUACCACCGAGAGUUACCCGUUCUAGCUACCCUGCAAAUUCCUCGCAUGGUUACCCAUCCGAAUGCUACAUACGAGUUACACGGGUUUAGUGAUGCCUCUGAAGUAGCGUAUGCGGCUGCCGUGUACCUAAGAAUUGAUACUGGCACAGAAGUAAGGUGUCAUCUCUUGAUGGGAAAAUCUAAGAUAGCACCGGCUAAGAAGAUAUCUGUUCCGAGACUAGAGUUAUGUGGUGCUUGGUUAUUAGCUCGUCUUCUUGCGUUUGCGAAAGAUAACUUGUCCGCAAUCAAUAUAGAAAAGGUUACCGCAUGGUCUGACUCCAUGGUAACGCUACAUUGGAUAAAAAGUUCGACCUCACGACUGAAAACAUUCGUAGCAAACCGAGUAUCCAAAAUUCAAGAACAGACUCAUGUAGAAUAUUGGCGCCACGUACCAACCAAUGACAACCCAACGGACUGCGCAUCCCGUGGGCUCAGACCCGACCUUUUAGCCAACCACGACAUAUGGUGGUGUGGUCCUCCGUUUCUCCGACAACCUGAAAGAGAAUGGCCUGUGGAGAGUACGUUGAGUCCUAUUAGUUGUUCAGAGGAAGAAAAUGAAGAAAAACCUAUUACGCUUUUGUCCCAAGGAAAGGAGGAAGACUGCCGGCUUCUUUACCAAUCAGACAACUUACCAAAAGUGUUAAGACUCACCGUCUAUUGGUUAAGAUUUCGAGAUCGUCUUAGAAAAAAACCGUUCUUACCGAGCACUUCUCCACCUACCACCGACGAAACGGACAGAGCACUUCGAUCAUUAGUACGCUGGACUCAAGACGUAUAUUUUUCCGACGAGAAAAAAGACCUCUCCAUGGGAAAACCAGCUCGGAGGCAUUUAAGAAAAUUAACACCGUUUCUGGAUGACGACCACUUGCUGAGGAAAGAAUACAUACUAUCCCUGCAUGAGAGAUCAAAAUGGACCCGUCCUAAUCGCAACCUCCAAGUGGGAGACCUGGUAUUAGUGAACGAACCAAGUGCCCCUCUGACAUGGCCCACAGCCCGAGUGGUCGAAGUUCAUCCAGGAGCUGAUGGGAUCGUCCAAAUGGCAAAAGUAAAGCUGUCAACGGGAAAAAUCUACACUCGGCCCUCAGUGAAACUGUGUCCUUUACCCCUCUCUGAUUGA